GGGUGGAUAGGAUGUGGAGACCAGUCAUGCUCAGAGCCAAUGGGUGGUGAAGCAGCAACAAUGGAAAACAGCCGAUGAGGCAGUGGGAGGAAUCAGCUUGGACACAGAGAGACACAGCCAGAAGUCUCUCAGAAAAGGCUCUCGAGUCUCUGAAGGGUUGCAUGUAAUGGACAGCUGGUAUACCAGCCCUCUGCCUGAUGGAGGCAAGAUAGGAUGAAGCUGAUUGAGGGUAGGGUGGGACACUCAGAGUAGACAACAGAAAGGACUUGACUUUGCGGAGGACCAGGUUCAAGUUCCAGACAAACAGGUUGCUUUUAGGAGGCAGCAGUGGACAAAGCACUCAGUGGCCUCAGAAGACCAGGUCUCUCCAGGGCAGGAUGGCCCAGGGCCUCAGCGAGAAGGAGCUGCUGAAGCUGGAGGUGGAGCAGCUCAAGAAGGAAGUGAAGAACCCAAGGCUGCCUAUUUCCAAGACAGGACAGGAAAUCAAGGAUUACGUGGAGGCCCAAGCAGGAAGUGACCCUCUUCUCAGAGGCAUCCCGGAGGACAAAAAUCCCUUCAAGGAGAAAGGCAGCUGUAUGAUAAGCUGAUGGCCCCAGAGCCCCUCACCCUGAGGGUCUACCCCUUCUCAGCCCCACUCCUCACCCAGCACCCUGUCUUGGGGCACCCACAGGGCCAGCAAAUCUUCACCUUUGCUUGGUCACAGAAUGAGUAAAGCUACCUGGUUGCACACAU